AUGGUUACAUUAGUUUUGCCAACUUUGGUUGAGAGUUAUGGUCCCGGUGAGGUUCUAGAAUGUGUUAAUGGCAUUAUAUGUCACUAUGCACGAGGUCAUGAGGUAAUCGGACUUUGGAACCCCAAAACCGACGAGCGUAAAAUUAUUCCGCCGGGUAUUACUGAUGAUGAGCCCGGCUAUGAUCGGCAUGUAAGUGUUCAUGGAUUUGGUUAUGAUAAUGUGAAUGAUGAUUAUAAAGUGAUUCAAUGUGUAUAUUAUAUUUAUGAUCCAAUGGAAUUAGAAGAGCAUGCUCUAACAAUUUGGCAAAUUUAUAGUCUAAAAUGUAAUUGUUGGAAGAAACUUGAUCUUGAAAUGACUAAAAAAAAAAAUGUAAGUAAAGCUUCUAUAGCAUACUUGAAUGGAGUAUGCCACUGGUGGGGUAGCGAGUUUGCCACGAAUGGACUCGAAGAACAAGUACUUGUGUCAUUUAACCUCAGCACUGAAACAUUUCGAACAACAUCAAUUGUUUGGCUGCAAGAAAAUGAUGAUGGCCCUACCAGAACUUUGGUAGUGCUCAACGAGUCUGUUACUCUGAUUUCCUCUUUUGCUCAGAAUAAUAGCAUUGAAAUAUCCAUUUUGGGUGAAGUUGGUGUGAAGGAAUCUUGGGUGAAACUUUUCACAUUUAGAUUUGGACCUUUUCCAAAAUAUUGUGCAUUCAGAAUGGGAAACAAAUGUGAUGUAAUCUCUCGUAUCAACGGCGAUGAAUUGGCUUCCUUUGAUGUCAUCACGGGCAAAAUAGUUCACAAUAUUAAUAUCAAAACAAGAAGAUUUGGUACAUGGAUUUAUAAGGAAAGCCUCCUUUCUUUCACGAAAGAAAUUAAUUGA